AGCUAUUUGAGGUUCGUAUCUUCGGGUGCAUCUACUGUUGCUUCCACUGUUCGAUCGGCGGGGGCUUCAGUAGCUUCUUCGAUUGUUGGCGAUGGUAAUGAUUCCAGACGUGAUCAGGUGCACUGGGCUGGAUUUGACAAGCUAGAAUAUGAAGGUGUCCUUCGGGAAGUCCUUUUGUUGGGUUAUCGAUCUGGCUUCCAGGUCUGGGAUGUUGAAGAGGCUGAUGAUGUGCGGCAACUAGUAUCCAAGUAUGAGGGAUUUGUUUCUUUCAUGCAAAUGCUAAAAAAUCCAGCCCCAUCAAGGAGGUGUGGAGAUAAGUUUUUAGAUUCGCGUCCUUUGGUAGCUGUUGUUGGAGAUGGCUCUUUUUCUGGAAGUUGUAACAGUAUUGAUGCCUUGGGAUCUCCAUGUAAUGGAAGUAUGGACAGUCACCUGGAGCUUGGGAAUGAGAACUUAGGUCAGACAUUUGUUUGUUUUUAUUCUUUUAGGACCCAUGAGUAUGCACAUCUCCUGAAGUUUCAGUCAGCAAUUUAUACUAUAAGGUGUAGCCCUCUGAUUGUAGCUGUUUCUCUGGCUUCCCAGAUAUACUGUUUUCAUUCUGCAACUUUGGAGAGAGAAUAUAUUGUAUGCACCCAUCCUAUAGUUUCAAGUAUCAGCUAUGGGCCACUUGCUUUGGGCUCAAGAUGGUUGGCUUACUGUGGAGAUCCAGUUGCUGUUUCAAGCAUUGUUCGUGCCAUCCCACAUCAGAUGACUCUUGUUACAGGUUUGCCAACAUCUCUGCCAAAUGGGAACCAGAUGGCCAACUUUGCCAAAGAAUCAACAAGACAACUUGCUGCUGGUAUAAUGACGCUUGGGGAUAAGGGAUAUAAGAAACUCUCCAAGUAUUACACUGAGCUUCUGCCUGAUGGAAAUAUUUCUUUGAAGCAUGGAAAUUCAGCUUUGAAAACAAAUGGUCUGAUUAAUAGGCAAUUACCUGCAGGAGAAAAUAUUGGAACGGUUAUAGUUCGUGAUGUGGUAUCUAAGUCUGUGAUAGUGCAGUUUAGAGCACAUGAAAGUCCUAUUUCUGCAUUGUGCUUUGAUCCUACAGGGACUUUGUUAGUGACAGCUUCCAUUCGUGGUCACAACAUCAAUGUUUUUCAUAUAAUAGUCCCAUGUCCAAGUGGACGUUCAUUUGGAUCUGAUCCAGUAGGGACUUGCACGCAUCUGUACAGGUUGCAACGUGGCAUCACAAAUGCGAUUAUUCAAUGCAUCAGUUUCAGCAAUGAUAAUAAGUGGAUAAUGGUCAACUCUUCAAGAGGAACAGGUCAUUUGUUUGCAAUACCUCAUUAUGCAAAUCUCCACUUAAAUGAUAUGAAGGAUACUGCUAACAGCUAUAGAUCGGACCUGAUAUAUAAGGUGUCAGUGGAUUGCCCAAAUAGCUCAUGCUCGUCAAGAGUUGAUCAACAAGGCCUUCGUCCUUCUGGAUUCCCAGUAACAUUGUCAGCUGUGAGUAGACUAAGGAAUGGAGUUAAUGAUUGGAAAAAUGCAGUUACUGGAGCUGCUGCAGCAGCUACUGGGAGGGUUGCUCCUCUUUCUGGGCCAAUGGCUUCAAUCUUCCACAAUCGCAAGAGCUUUGGCCACUACACACAUAUCAAUGAAUUGAAAACAGAGUACUAUUUACUUGUUUUCUCUCCAGUUGGAUCUAUCAUACAGUAUGCCUUGCAUGAGUUGAGCAGGGAGGAUUCCGGCCUUGAUUUGUCUGGAAUAAGUACAGCUUCUCUUGUGUCAGUGCAAGAAAGCAACAAAAAGUUUGUUGUUGAAGCAUCCCUGAAAUGGGAUAUUUGCCAUGCACGAAACGGAAGAAAUGAGGGAGAUGAUUUUUAUGCUUAUUGUGAGCAAGUUAAUGGAAAAAACACUUGUCCUUUUCAGACAGGGCUCGGAAAAGGAACUAGCCCUGCUGGUAGUUUUCCAGAUAUGAAAGCAAAGCUUGGUACUGAGAGAAAUCAUCGCUCAUAUAUUUCUGAGGCUGAGUUUUUGACACAUUCAGCUUCUCAACCAUUAUGGGCGAAGUCUGAGCCUAAGGUAUGUUUUGAAGUUAUGAUCGAUGAAAACUUAAGCCCGGAUGGUGAUUCAUGUGAUGGAAUUAAGAUAGAGAAGAUCUCAACACACAGGAUUGAAUUCAGGUCGAAAGUUCUUGUGCCGUUCUUCCAUGGUCACCAAAUGCCACAAUUUCCACAAUCAAGGUCCCAUGCUUCGGAUAAUGAUACAAGUGCAUCACUGCUAAGCAAUGAGUCGUCCUUAUCAGAAGAAAUGAAGCCUUCUCUUAGAAGCUUUUAUAGUUCUUUGAAUUGGGUGCAAGAAACUGCUGCUGUGACUGAGCUUCCUGGGGGAUUCCAACAGAAUUGUGUUGGUAAUUUUCAACUUCCAGCUGAAACCAAUGAGAACAAUGUAAAUAACACCAUUCAUCAGCUCGAGUACUCAAAUAAUCAUGAAGGCAUGAAGCAGGAGGCCAAAACCGAGGCCGUGCUCCAGAGAACAAACACAAUGGAUAGUGUUACGAUGGAGUUUCAUUUUGACAAUUACAAUGAUAACGAGAUUGAUUAACCUCAACCAGCAUUGUUUACAUUCAUGUAUAUAUAUAUAUAUAUAUAAAGUGGUGGAAUUGACUUCAAAGGGAGGAGUCAUGCCACCAAUAAAAUCUCCAUUAAUUUGUAAAUAAUGAUUGUUUUAGUGUUGAAUUAUUGUUUCAAGGCUUUGAGGUUGCCACAUCAGCAUUAUCCACUUCCAUUCAGCCAUUCUCGUCCUCAGUUAACUCCCAACCAUGAGAUAUGUGGCUCUCGCUUGCACCACGCCAGUGAAUGGGGGAAGCAGAGCCCAAAGGC